AAAGACUUAAAUAAAAUAAAAAAAUACUAUGAAUUUUAAUGGUAAAUCUGUCACCUUCAACUUAUUAAACGUUGGUAACCGUUAGUCCCUCCACCAUAGCAACAGUAACUAAGGGCAGCGUAGGGUUCUGUCAAAUAUUAUCUGGUUUCAGCGUUUUCAAUGUAACAGUUUGCUGCUCUCCUCUGUUUUAUAGCAUCAUAAACUGAAUUUCUUCAGAUUUAGGGCAGCUUGUUGAAUAAAUCAGAAGACUUUUGUCACAUGGCGGGCUCUGUGGAAGAAAACCCGCUCCCUCCGUAAAUAUAAAGGGCUCGUUCUGAGGCUGAACGAAGCAGAUCAGAGAUGCAAUGACACAAAGCGUCCAGCAGGAGGGAGCAGAGUCCAUCUUAUCAGAUUCAUACAGGGAGAAAAGCUUCAUUCACACUGAGGAAGACUGAGACUGAGCACUGCAGUGGUGCUACAACCAACAGGUCGGAGAGAAACUGCUGAUUCAGUCUGAGAGGGGAAGUGGUCAUUCUUCAGAGCAGGUCACAGAGUCAGGUCAGCAGACAACAAAAGACUGAGGUCGACUGUACGGACGGAUGGCCGGUGGCGAUCAUGGAGCAGAAGCCGAGCAUCGAGUAUCACGACCUAGAGGCCGCCGAGGCACUCGUCAGUAUGAGCUUCUGGGGUCAAAGGUCGCACAAGCCCCGCCCACUGACCCCCACCUCCGACUCCUGUGACUCCAUCCAGCUCCACCCGGAGGGCGGAGACACCAAGGACCUGAUCGCUCUGUCCUCGCUGUGUAUGACUCCACCUCACAGUCCGAGCUUCGCCGAGGCCUCCACCACCGCUGUCCUCACCACCACCUGCGCUCUUAGCCCCGCCUCCAGACCACUCUUACCCCGCCCUGGUCUCGCCGUCGGCCCCGCCCUCCUCAGUGACUCCCACACCGGCCUCCCCCGACCCUCCUGCUCCGUCACGUCAGAGACCUCAGCACUUCCACCUCACACAGAGUCGUCCUCUGUGGCGCCGCCCGGCAGAGCGAUGGCCACCAGCGUCAUCCGCCACACGGCCGACAGCCUCACCAUUCCUACUCCGCCUCCCCCCGCCGCCCAGUCGACAGAAACCUCCACGCCGCCACAGCCGGGAAUUCCAGAGACACUUCCAGAGAGCGGGCAGCAGAAGGACGGACCACACUCGUGUCCUCACAGCCUCACAUCCUCUCCGCCAUCCUCGGCGUCUCCUCCUCACUCCUCCCCGCUGUCUUCCUCCUCCUCCUCUUCCUCUCCGGUCUCCAGCUCCCCGGUCCUGUGCCAGGUUUUCCCGGUGAGCAGCCGGACGGGGAUGAUCUCCGCCUUCGUCCAGGCUCCGGUUCAGGUGCAGACUCAGGGGGGGCCCAAACCCAUCCUGCCCCAGUCUCCUUCCAGCUUCGCCCAGCCUCUGCUGGUGGGCUCCGCCGUGCCGCAAGGGACAGUGAUGUUCGUGGUUCCUCAGCCACCCGUGUCCCAGACGCCACAGGGCCCGCAGACUGUCAUGACCCUGGGCAACACCAAGCUCCUCCCCUUGGCCCCGGCUCCGGUUUACAUGCCGUCCGGAGCGAGCGGCGGCGCCUCGCAGGCCGACUUCUCCCGCAGACGAAACUACGUCUGCAACUUCCCCGGCUGCAAGAAGACGUACUUCAAGAGCUCACACCUGAAGGCUCACCUGCGCACGCACACAGGUGAAAAGCCGUUCAGCUGCCACUGGGAGGGCUGCGACAAAAAGUUUGCCCGCUCCGAUGAGCUUUCCCGCCACCGCCGCACGCACACCGGAGAGAAGAAAUUCGUCUGCAACGUGUGCGACCGGCGCUUCAUGCGCAGCGACCACUUAACUAAACACACCCGGCGGCACAUGACAACCAAGAGGACGUCCUCGUGGCCCACCGAAUCCUGUGACCUCAACAAAGUGGCCCUGCCGAAGGGCCAAAACAGAGGCUCCGUGCUUCCUGUCGGCGUGUUGGUCCCCGCAGCCAACUAACAGACUCAGUCAGGAGCCCACAGGGCCAGCUCAGGACCCCGGGGAGGGGGGAGGACGGCCGCCGGCCAGACACUUACAGGCUGAACGAGAUUGGUUGUUUCAAUCAGCUCCAGCAGCCACAUCAGGAGGCUCUUUUCUAUUCUACAAAUCACAUUCAGCUGCUGAACACAGUUUCAGCUCCGGCUACGUUUACAGAAAGACCUCAGAACAAGGUCGUUAAAACAAACGUAUUAAGAAAUUCUGGUUAAGAUGGCCGUCUUAAACAUAUGUCAAACAUGUAACUGUGGCAUGGAAACCAACGACAGCGCUCACUGUCUGACUCUUUAUCUGUUUCUACUGUAUCUGUAUUUAUUUGUAUUUUGCCAACUUCCAUCUGGACUCAGAGCGUCUGGAGGUUUCUCUCACUGGUCUUCACAACAUUAAAAGUUAACAUAAUAUUACAGUUUACACCAGCGCCCCCCUGAGCCUGAAAUUCUCAGUACACGCCAGAAAAUGAAGAUGUUACGUAUGAAAAAUAUAGACACAACUUUACAAAUGUAAGAUUUUUACUCUUAGUGAAGCUAAAUUGUAAAGUUUGGUCAAAGGUGAUGUUUUUAAUCAGCCUCCUUUCAGUGGCCAUUUUAGGACAUCUGAGACUGGGGCUGCCAACUUCCUGUAAUGGAAAUACGAAACGCGGGGGGAGGGGUGGAGGUCUAUAUGACCUCAGACUAAGGAGCUCCGACUACUGUGGACUUAUAACAAAUAUAUGAUUGUUGCAUAAUGCUCAUUUUGUCCAAAACGACGGGUCUCACACCUGCAUUACCCUUCAGUAAUCGACUUAUCUAAAUAUAUAUCAUAAAAAUGGUUGUGAGAAGUCUUAUCCAGGGUCCGCACAAAUAUUUAUUCAAAUCUUUUCCCAGCAGAGAAAAGCAGUAGAAUUACAGAAUAUGGUGACACAUUUACAAACAAAUAUCAUGCUUACCUUGUCUAAUUUUCCAAAAUAGUCCACACAACAAAGAACAAAGCGUGUUCCUUAUCAGCUCGAUACCGAACAUAUCUUUAAGUUUCCAAUCACAGGACAAUUCUGUAUUUUUACAGGAUGGUUGGCAACCCUAUCUCAGACUCAGCUUGUCAGACUAAGCUGGACUUUGACCAGAAUGCUCAAGUUAGCAUAUUAGCAUGCUAACGUUGUUAACAUGUUGUAAAGUGUUGAUGGAGGCUCACAGUCAAGAUACUAACAGGCUGAUAUUUAGUAAACAAAAACAUGCUAAUGUGCCAACAUUAAUAUGUUAAUAUGUGUAUGAUUAGUAUGCUAGCAUGCUAAUGUUAGCAUGUAGCUUGGAAGUCAUUUUUGGAGCUAUCUGUCAUGAGUUGAGAUGUAAGAUAAGUGGGAAAAGUCAGAGGAUCAAAUUCAUCCUCUGGAAAACAUGAAUGUCUUAAAACAAAUUCAUGGCGAUACAUCCAACAGUUAUUUCAUUCUGGGUAAAAAAAUUUCUGACAUACCGAACACGCUACAAGCUACAUUAGCAUCCGGAGAAAUAUUUCUAAUGAGGGUUUUUUUAAAAACUGUCCUUAUUCAAAACUAAACUGGUAGAGCUUGCUAACUAGCUUGGAGAGCUUUAUAAUAAUAAUAACUAUUAAUUUAAUGAAAUGAGAAACAAUCCUGAGAACAAAAUGUCAGAAUUUAAUGGCUCAGUUCGGUUAGCUCGCCAGCUAUAGUUGUUCAUCAACUAUCCCUGUGAGUAUUAACUGCAUCACCAAGCGUCUAGAACAAAAUACCAGCCACAGUUAUUCAAAUUAUUAAGAUUUAAGUGUUUGUUUAACACCUGCAAUUAUCUGAGUUGAGAUAUUCUGAGUUAAAGUCGUGUAGACGUAGCCGGAGCAGCUUGCAGAGGACAGAGCGAGUUUCCCGCCCUGCUCAGGACAUUUUAUUCUCAACAACCACAAACUCACCGGAGGAGGAAGAAGAAGAAGAGGAGGAGGAGGAGGAGGACAGGAAGGCGACAGGCUGCUAUUCAUCCACGGACAGAAACCAACAAAAACCUGACAUUGCACUAGAUUUUUUUAAUCUUGCUUGUUUUUGUACUCUCUCUCCGUGUAUAAUCAUGUUUACUUCAUGUGUAUAUGUCACGUUUAGCAAAUGUAUGCACUCUUUUUAUUUUUUUUGCCAAAGCCUCUGUAUCGUGCUUCUAUUAUUAGCCUACUUCUGUUUGUCUGUGACUGUAAAUAUUGUACAUAUAUUGAUAUCUAUAUGAAUGUUACGUGUAUUCCAAUCUGCAUUUAUUGACAGUACGAGUUAUUGAUAUUUUAAAAAUGUCAGUGGACAGUAUUCCUCACUGUGAUACUACCUACUAUCUUUGCUUUACACAUUAUUAUUAUUAUUUAAUAAACAUUUGUUGAGGAAAAAGUGCUGUUUUUGAUAGCUUGAUUUGGCCCAUAGUGUAGCCAGUAAGAAAAUACCUCAUGUUAUUAAAUGUUAUUCUUAAUAAUAACGGCUUAUAUCGGAAUAAUCCCAUUUCUGAACAUUUGCCUGUAAGCGAUGGUGAAGAGUAUGGCUUUUAUAAUAAAAAUUUACCACGAAAACAAGCUAA